GAAGUAUACAUAUAAUACUUCGAGGUAAAUGUUCGUGCUCUUUGAAAAAUUAUUUUUACUUUAUCUAUGAUCUAUUUAAUAUAUGACGGUAUGGAGGGUAACCUGCAUAUAUGACGGUAUUUUUUCUCUAUGAAAGUGCUCACUAUAAAAUGAUAGUUUAUCUAUUGGAGUAAUGAGUUGAUAGUUUUGUGGUUACAGCUAGUUAGGACAUUGCUUGAACAUUCCUAGUGAUAAAUGUCUUAUUGCUGAUUGGUCGUUUUAAAUAUUUUUUACAAAUCACAGUACGCCAUAAUUGUUGUCAGUAUUAACGAAUUUUGCUGUCAAAAAAAUAAAUUCCAAGAGAAAAAAGUACUGGUGAAUAUGGCUCAAAACGUAAAUCCAUUUCUGGAACAACAAAAUGAUAUUACAAAGCAAAAUGACGAGUUGAAAAAGACUUCAAAUGAUAACCAUGCAGUGACAAAAAGAUUACACAGUGAACUUAUGACCUUAAUGAUGAGUCAAGAUAAAAGCAUAUCAGCUUUCCCUGAUGGGGAAAACUUCUUUAAGUGGGUUGGUACAAUAACAGGUCCUAAAGACUCGGUCUAUGAAACUUUAAAAUAUAAACUCAGCUUACAGUUUCCUCAUUCUUACCCCUACACGGCACCUACUGUUAAAUUUAUCACUCCAUGCUUUCAUCCCAAUGUAGAUACCAGUGGCAACAUAUGUUUGGAUAUAUUAAAAGAUAAAUGGUCUGCAUUAUAUGAUGUAAGAACAAUUUUGCUUUCAAUCCAAGUACUUCUUGCUGAACCAAAUAUUGACAGUCCUUUAAAUCCUUUAGCAGCAGCUAAGUGGCAGAAACAAGAGGAGUAUAAGAAAUAUGUUACAGAUACAUAUAAGGAGGCUUGAGGUUAUUUGCUUAAUAUAUUUAGAUUAAACCAAUUUUAAAUGUGAAUGUAAAUUAUUUGUUAAGGAUUUUAUUACUCAUUUUUAAGAUUUGCAAUACUCAGAAAUAUUAGAAUGUGAACUGUUAUUGAUGGUAUUAUUUGUCUUAUUUUUUUGGAUCAUUAGUCCAAGAGUUUCAAGUUUAGAUAUGUAAUAAAUUUGUUAAAUGUCUAUUCAUAGCCAGAAUCAAUAUUUGUGAUACAAAACCCAAUUAAAUGUUUUUUUUUAUUUCUAUGGGACAACUGUUUUAUUUUUCAUUUCCGCAAUGCUUUAACAAAAAGUGGAUAUUUUUGUGGAAUCAGUAGCCACUAUAAGAAAGUGGAUUUCAAUAUGGGCCUCUUCUUUUAUAACUAUUUGAAACAAUGGUCUAAUGAUCCAAAAGUAUAAAUAUUUCUUCAAUAAUUUUAAACACUGUGGCAUAUUUUGAAAAGAUUCUUGUGACAUGCAGAAAUAAAUAUACCACAUUAUUUUUUGAAUAUGUACAUCUUACAUUUUUAGCUUUCAACUUAACUAGGGAUUUUUUGCAAAAUUAAUGAAAAUGUAGCCAUAUAAAAAUCUCACUCAAUUUCUAUGGAAAUUCAAAUUAGGAAAGUAGUUGAAUAUGAGAUUUUAAUAUUGGAAUCAGCUCUUGUAUUGCCCAAGAGAACAAGGUAAUACUUAGAAUUUUAGGAUAACAUACAAAGCCAUUCUUUUCAUUCGCUUUAUUCUUAGUUUCCAAAGAAACAAACGAAUUGAUAAAUCAUGUCCUGUCUUAUUUUUUUUUGUAUAUCUAAAAUUGCUUCAAAGUAUAAAAUAUUCCCCAUUCAAUUCCGAUGGAAAUUGUAAUUUAUAAUAUAAUAUUUUUUGCAACUCUAAAUAAUUCUUUUCAUUUCAUUAAACUGGAAUGUAAUGUCCUUAAUAUGCAGAAUGCUUCAAGGAAUUCUGUACAGUUUCCAUAACAUCUAAUGUUAUAUUUUAUAUAAUUAUAACUUUAUUUAAUAUUUAUCUUAUAUUGCAUUUGGAGGCAGAACAUAUCUUUCGUGUCUAACAAAUUCGAUUCUAAUUUUUUGAACAAUUUUAUUGAAAUUAUUUAUUAUUUGAUUGCUGACACUGUAUUGCCUUUAAAUUGUAUUCUGAAGGUUUGUCUUGUUUCAAAUGUUCUAAGAUUGCAUUUUCUUCAUCUUAAGAAUCAAGAUUUGCAUGGUUUUUAUUAUACAUAUACGUCUAUUUAUUAAUCCUCUUUCGUUUUUGUUUGGAUAUUUAAAUUUAAAAUUUGUCUUCAAUAUUUCUUAUAAGAUUUUGAAUAAGAUUAACUAGAUGUUUUCUUAAUUCUAAUAAACAUGUAUUGUUCCAUAUCUCAUGGGUAAUAUUAGGAUUUAUUGGUGUCUUUUAUUUCUUUUGUUGCUGGUCCGAAAGACCUGAAUUUGUAAUAAAAUUAUAAGUUUUAUUUUUGGAUCCUUUUAUAUUUGAAAUAUGAAUAUCAUCUGUAGUAUUGAAGUGACCUGAAACAAUUUUUGACAAUUUAUUUUUCUGCUUACUAAUUUUAUUUUCUUGGUUUGAUAUCUGUUCUUUGUUUUCCUUUGUAUUUAAUUUUGAAAAUAUUUUUUAGGUAGAGGAGCCAGUACUUUUAUAGCUUUUGAUAUUUCUUUCUUUUUAGUUUAUUUCAGAAUAAAAUCAUUUUAAUUUUUUCUGACUAUGAAUAUAAAUAUUAACUAAUUGUCUAUUAAUGUCAAGAUCAAAGGAAGAGUUAUUAUCUGGAUUACCUGUGAUAAUUUCGUUUUGUUUCAAUUUUGUCCCUGGGUGAAUACUGUUAUUAUCUUCCAGAUGGGCAUAAUAUACCUUUAUUUUGAAAGAUUCUUUCUUAAAUUCAGACUGAUUAUUCAAAAGUCUAAUUAUGUUCAAUUAUUGCCCUGCAAAUUGUAAAGAAUAUUGUGAACUAAUAAAAUUAGUUCUAAUUUUAUGAAUUUCUAAUAAAUAUUUUAUUAAGGUAUUCUUUAAUUCUGUCCCAUUCUCUGAUAUUUUUUGUUUGGAUAUAAAAUGAUGGGUGAAAUAUUGUACAAUCGAUAUUCCUUGAGCUGAGCUGCUCAUAUUUUGAAAAAUAAUAGUCAAAAAUUUAGUACUUUCUAAUGUAAUAGUGUAUGAAUGUAUAAAUAUGAAACGGGUUUUAUAGCGAAGAAGGUAGUGGUGGUUUCACAGGUUUCUGAUAAUAUUCUGUUAGGUGGUAUAUUUCACAUUCGUUAAUAUAGGUAAAUUUGAAUUUAAGACCUUUGGUUCAACUAAUGGUACUGCGACUUUAUAUUAUUUUAUUUUAUUUAAUCCUCUAUGGUUUUGUUUACUUUUGUGAUAAUUUUGUCGAUUUCGUUUAGAGGGAUAAGUUUUUUAUUACAAUUGAUAAAUGAAAUUUGUGAAUUUUUAAAAUAUGAUAAGGUGUUAAAAACAUCUCAAUGUAUCCCAUAGAUCCGUUAUAUUUAUCACCAAGAGUUAUUUGGUUAAGCUUGCAUUAAUCUAUAAUGACUCUAAAUUUUUUAUAGAAUCUUAAUUUUCUGGUUCUAGGUUUUCUUUUUUAUAUGUUUUGGAAAAUUUUAAUUUUGCUUGUAGAAGUUGAUUGAUUACCAUUAACGUAAAAAUAGCAGAAUAUUAUUUAAUUAAUUUGAUAAUAGUAUUACAUUCUUCAGAAUGAAUGGUCGUUCAAACCUAUUGAUAUCAGAUUUGAAUUUUUCUGUUAAAUAACAUAAAAAUUUGUGUUUCGUUUGCAUUCAACUUUUCAACCUAUAAGAAUAUUUAAAUCUGCUCUCAAAUAUGAAUCACGGGAUGGAUUUAAAAUGGUGUAACUGUCUUAACUAUUUUCCGCUUUUAUGAGACAUUCGGGUAUUUGUGACUUUCGUAUACAGUAUCAAUAAUGAUAAUUUUGUAAGUUUGGUCUAUUAUUUUUGUUAUGUGGUGGUCUCAUUUUCUUGUUUUAGUUCUAAGCAUGUAAAUGGCUCGUUUAUCUGCAUAAAUAAUCAAUAAAUUUCUGCUGGAAUUGUCAAAGUUAACUUGAAAUUCCUCUUCUUUACGAGUCAACAAUAUUGGAGAUAGGCUACUGAUUUCACUCAACCAAAAGUCCCAAUAUUACCUACAGAGGUAUGUAAAUAAAUCAUUGAAACGAACUGUUUGUUAUAUUCGCGUGUUUUAACAUAUUCCAAUGAUUUAAUUAACGUUUCGUACUCGGAAAAGGCUUCUUUCUUAAAAUAUUAAUUCCUUUAAGGAGUUUGAUUUCAGUGUAUUAGCAGUUAGUGAAGUUCUCCUAAAACUAAACAGAUUUUUAUUUCUAUAUAUGUGGUAGGUGAUCUAUUGAUAUAGUUGUGCGAGUUGUCAAUGUCAAAAUAUUUUUUAAUGAAGGUUACGGGCUGAACCACGUUGGAAAUUUCUCGACGUUUCCCUUUGAAGCCUACAGCUUGGAACCACAAUAAGAAAAUGGAAGUUGUUAAAAUAAAACAUUAUAUUUUAAUCAUUAUUUUCAACAGAUUUAUGUGGAUGGAUUAUAUUUUGCCUUUAAUAUUUAAUUUUUGUACCGAGUAAAAAAUUACUAUAAUAGAGGUAAUAGGUUUGUUUCCUUUCAUUCUGUAAUCAAAAUCCUAUAUAAUUAUUUGGGUUGGAGUAAAUAAAUAAAAUAUGAAUAUAUUUUCACAUAGUUUUUUGAACAGGAUAUUUAUUAUACAAUCGCCAUAAAAAUUAUAUUUCAAUAUAAAAAACCUUUAGAGCAAGACUUUGUUAAUAUCAGAUUUUAAUUGGAGAAAUUUUAUUCUAAUAGGCGAUCUAAAGUAGU